ACAACUUCCAACACUGUCGAUAUACCCUCAAGCGCGUCCGCAAUUCCUUGCCGAAUUUUACACUUAAUCGAACCGAGCGAAGCCAUCCUUAAAAGCACAAAUCUGUCAACAUGUCGUGGGCGGGGUUCAAGAAGAAUGUGAAUCGCGCGACGACGCAGGUGAUGAUGAAGACGGGUCAUGUGGAGAAGACCAACGAUCGCGAUUAUGAGGUUGAAGAGAGACGAUUCAAGACUAUGGAGGCGGCUGCGCUGCGGCUUCAGAAGGAAUCAAAGGGGUACCUUGACUCGCUAAGAGCAAUGACUGCCUCACAAAUGCGAAUUGCCGAAACGAUAGAUGCGUUCUACGGCGACUCGGGCGCAAAGGACGGCGUGAGCAGGAGUUACAAGCAGGCAGUCGAAGAUCUGGACGCCGAGACCAUCAAAGCCCUCGACGGACCCUACCGGACAACCGUCCUCGACCCCAUCUCCCGGUUCUGCGCCUACUUCCCCGACGUCAACGAGGCGAUUAAGAAGCGCUCCCACAAGCUCCUGGACUACGAUGCUCUCCGCGCAAAGGUCAAGAGGCUUGCCGAGAAACCCGACAAGGACGCCACCAAGCUGCCCCGGACCGAGAAGGAGAUGGAGAUGGCCAAGGCUGCUUACGAGCAACUGAACGAGCAGCUCAGCUCGGAGCUGCCGCAGUUGAUUGAUCUCCGAGUGCCGUACCUCGACCCCAGCUUCGAGGCGCUCGUCAAGAUCCAGCUGCGAUUCUGCGCCGAGGCAUAUUCCCGCAUGGCGCAGGUACAGCAAUACCUGGAUGCCGACACAAGAGACCAGUACGCCGAGGGCCAGCUGGACGCCAGGGUAGAGCAGGUAUUGCAGGAGAUUCGGGAGCUUAGCAUCAGCGGCACGGUCUAGGAUUGGACAAGCUUUGUGUGUUAAUAGUGCACUUGGGAACGGCGUACGGAGGUGCUUCUUGAUUGUAGACAUUAUCUAGCUCCAUGAGGGACUCAUGAGCAAAUGAAUAGACACCCUGACUUUUGGGCAUGGGCUCUGAAGCGACGAG